GGCUUUCCAUACCCAGAUACUGCUUCCUACAUGGAGACCAUCUUCUUCUUCAGAUGUUUGCUCUAUCAAAGCCUUUAAUUAUUGAUUAGCUCGUCGGAUUUUGAUAUAAACUGAUUUAAUGUGACAUUUUGUUCACCAGAGGAGCAUAAACCAUCUUUGUGAUAAUUAGUGAGGUUUGAUCAUCCGCUCUCCGGGCUUGUUUUGCUCGCUCUGGGCUUGCAGGCUCUUCCCUCCCCCUUCCAGAGGACAAAGACUGAAAUGGGUCAGCAGCUCAUCCUGCGCAGCAUCAGCAUCAGCCGGAGGCAGAGAGCAGCUGCUGCCCGCCUUCCAGCCUCUCUGGUCGGACACAUGGAGCCGCUGUCCUCCGCUGGAUCUUCCUGUUGAGCCGCUGCUUCCCACUGAUCGGUACUGGUUCCUGUCUCCGCUUUGAACUGGAAGCAGACAUGUCGUCCUGGGAUGGUUGACGCCGCUAACUGGGAUUGAACUGGUUAGAAGAGAAUCGGAGCUGCUGGUUCCCAGUAAACACCGAUUCAUCCGCCCCCGCACUGACCGACGGAGGACGAUGGAGGCCGGGCUGGAGUGAGCGGAGUCCCGCUGACCGUCCAGCAGCUUGGAGAGUAGCAGAGGCAGGAAGCUGCAGAGGAACUCACCGCGCUCGGCUCCGUUCCUCCUCUGCAGAACCUCUGCUCUGAGGCCUUUCUGAUCGCAGUCGACCCGCUGCAGCUAUGACUCCCCCGGCAGACCUCCCAUUUUCACUCCUCUUUGCCGCCGCCGCUCUCGUGAUGAUGCUGAUGUCACUUCCUGCUUCGGCUCUGGAACCGGAGACGUGUUUCUACAGGGAGCAUCAGGGCGCCAUAGUGAACGUCAGGCUGGCUUUAAGCAGAGAGGCGACGGCCAUGAUCUCCCGGAACGCCAGCUCAUACAGGGGAUGCGUCCAGGCCUGCUGCUCCGAGGAGGUCCAAACAGGUGCUCGGUGCAACAUGGCCGUGUUCAGAGCGAACAAGCGAGGCAACGAAUUGAACUGCCUCCUGUUCCACUGUCCCACGGAGCUGGACUGUCCUCUGAUGAAAGCCGCUGAGGGCAGCAACGCGUACGACAUCUACAAAGGUUUAAAUCAUCCACCCACGAUGAGACCUAUCAUCAUGACAACCACUCCACAGACCACCACCAGCACCACCACAACAGCACCAACCACACCAGCCACCAGCACAACCAUCACACCAACCACUGCGAAGACACUGCCCCCCACCACAGCACCUCAGGUACCCAUCAUCAUUACUGCCGCGGUGCCUGCAGGUCCUCCUCCACCAACCACCACCACCACUACUGCUCCUCCACCUACUACUCCUACCCCUACUACUACAACUUCUACUCCUCCACCAACCACCACCACCACUACUGCUCCUCCACCUACUACUCCUACCCCUACUACUACAACUUCUACUACUACGACUUCUACUACUACUACUACUACAAACCCAACAACUACAAUGGGACCUUCUCCCACCUUCACCUCCAGAAAACCCAACAAAUCCAGCAAGAAGCAAAACAAAACCACCAAGAAAGGAAAACCUCAUCUAUCCACCACCACCCAAACUGCCCCGAGCUCCUCAACCUCACUUCCUGUUAGGGUGGAGGAGGAGCAUACAAAUUCUAGCAUUCAGGAAACCACAACAACCACAGCAGCCCCAACCACUACGACCACCAGUACAACUACUACAACCCCCACGACAACAGCCACCUUCCCUGUGAGUAGUACCACUCUCCCUACAACCACCAUAAAUCCAACAACCACCACAACUAUCACUACUACUACUACUACUACUACCACUACUACCACUAUUACUACAACCGACAUGGCUACCACAACUUCCACCACCACUCAAAGUACGACCAGUACCCCCACCACUGAACCAACCACCACAUUGGCGGCUCAACCUCCGAGUUUGAUCUUCAUACCCAAAGACACCUUCCCGUCCGACCCGGACCUUCAGCCCGGUCCCACCAACCUGAACUCCAGCUCCAGCCGGGGGAAGGCGGUGGCGGCGCAGGGAGCACUGAAAGGCGGCGUGGUGGCCGUCAUGGUUCUAGGGAUGGCCGUGCUCACGCUGGCCUUGGCUGUUGGCGGUCGGAAGGCCAUGGAGUCCUUUGAUCGGCGACAUUACACCAGACUGGAGCUCAACGACCUGCACUACGAGAUUUAAGUGGGAAUAAUCUGGCACAUUUGCUUUAUUUAGGAUUCUUUAAGUUCUUAGCUGCACGAUUCUGUAUUUUUCACUCAGGCUUUGAUUAGAAAGUGUCUGAUUGAUCAGACUUGGUUUGUUCACCUUUGAAGUGAUCUUGAAGCAGAUUGCGGAGCAUCAUCACCCUUCUCUGAUUGGUCGACAUUGGUGAAACUCACCUAUUUUAGCCAUUUUGAAGAAUAUUAUUGGAUGCAGAGUUGGUCACAGGGAAACAAAGAAAGUCUGUUUAAUAUUUUAAGGAUUUUGAAGAUAAUGUUUACUGUUCACAUCUGGUUUCAAGAGGACUUUAAACAGGAACAAAUGCUUUCAAAUCAGCGUAUUGAUCUUUUUUCUGUUAAUUCAGUUUAAUAACUGCUACUGUAUUUUGAUACAAACUGUUAUUCUGAGUUAAUUUAUGAUGAUUAAUGUUGAACUGGAAGUAAGUUAAUUUCUGAGCAAAGUACAGUGAUAUAUAAAUAUGUGUUAAAUCAAUAUAAAAGACAUUUGUUAAUUUCUGAUAAGGAACCAAAAAGGUGAAAGUUUUUUCAAAUUGAACCAGUGAAGACCUCUUUAGCUUCAUUUUGGGAGAUAUUUUAAACUAGCUGAGAUUUUAUUUAUGAUACAUUCACUGAUAAAACCCACUCAGCCUCCAGAGGGAAGGGUCUGAUUUCAAUAUAGACCAGAGAUGUGGUGGAAAUGGUUUGAUUGAUAAGAUGCUGUGAAGGGGAGUGGCAAUCUGGUGGUUAGGGCAUAGAGCUUGGAAUCCUGAGGUUGUGAGUUUGAGGCCCACUCCCACAGACUGCCACUCUGGCUCUCUGAGCAAGACCCUUUAUCCCACACUGCUCCCUGGGCACCGCACAACACC